UUGACAGUCUGUUUCUUUACACUCCGCCCCCUACAGCUCAUCUCUGUUAGGUCGUUCGUUUACGCGCACUUUAGUUUCGGCAUUUCCAACAGUUCGUGAACGCAGCGUAUGUCCUGACUGGUUAGCAGCAUGGAAAGAAAAGUACUUGCAAUGCAAGCGAGGAAGAAGAGGACAAAGCCAAGGAAGCCUGGCAAAAAACCAGAGCCUCAUGGUCGGGGAGGCGGCUCUCAGCCGGGCCAGGCGGACUCCCCCCUCCCAGAGCAGGACGAGGAGAUCCUGGGCUCUGAUGACGAUGAGCAGGAAGACCCCAAUGACUACUGCAGGGGUGGAUAUCACCAUGUGAAGAUUGGAGAUUUGUUCCACGGGAGAUACCAUGUGAUCCGCAAACUGGGCUGGGGGCACUUCUCCACCGUUUGGCUGGCCUGGGACAUCCAGGAGAAGUGCUUUGUGGCCAUGAAAGUGGUGAAAAGUGCCGAACAUUACACAGAGACAGCUCUGGACGAGAUCAAGCUGCUCAAAUCUGUGAGAAACACAGAUCCCAGUGACCCCAGCAGAGAGAAAGUGGUGCAGCUUCUUGACGACUUCAAAAUUUCCGGCAUGAAUGGCACUCAUGUGUGCAUGGUGUUUGAGGUUCUGGGUUAUCACCUACUGAAGUGGAUCAUCAAGUCUAAUUACCAAGGCCUGCCCCUACCCUGUGUUAAAAGCAUCAUAAGACAGGUUCUUCAGGGAUUAGACUACCUCCACACCAAGUGUAAGAUCAUCCACACAGACAUCAAACCAGAGAACAUUCUGCUGACUGUCAACGAGCCCUACAUCAAGAAAAUGGCUGCUGAAGCUACGCAGUGGCAGAAGACCGGCGCUGCCCCCCCCUCAGGCUCUGCAGUGAGUACAGCCCCCGCACCCAAACCAGUUGCCAAAAUGUCCAAAAACAAAAAGAAGAAGAUGAAAAAGAAGCAGCGGAAGCAGGCAGAGAUUCUGGAGAAGAGGAUCCAGGAGAUGGAGGGAGGAGCGGCUGAAGGAGAAGAGGAUGAGGAGGAGGAUGAGGAGACGACGACGACAGAGGCCACGACGACAGAGGCCACUGAAGACACGACUUCCACAGCCACCCUCUCCAUGUCUGCCACGCUGCAGGACAUCGCUAACCAUGUCCACUCAGACCCCACUCCAGAGGAACAGCCCCAGCAGAUACCAAACGUAAAUGAGAGGAGGGACAAUGCGACCAAGGAGGAGAGCGGGAUGGAGGUGAACUGUAACGGCCACGCCUCGGCAGCAGAGAGCGAAGCCAGUGUGGAGGAGCAAGGGACCGAGCAGGCGAAGGAGCAGGAGGACCAACAGAAUGCUAACCAAGCAGGAAGCAACACAGAGACCCCGGACACGUUAAGUAACAAAGAGGAGCAUCAGACCUGUAACGGCUCAGCCGAGGGUCCCGACCAGCAGCAGCCCGCCUCCCUCAGCCCCGACUCCGUCACCGUGGAGCUGAAGGAGGGAGGAGAUGAGGAGGAGAAGAAGGAGGAGGAGAUGGACACUCAGGGGGAGGACACCAAAAGAGUGGAGGAAGACGAAGACAGCCAGGAUGGAUCAUCAGGCAAUAUGUUAGUAAACCCCCUGGACCCUCUUAACUCUGACAAGCUGCAGGUUAAGAUCGCUGACCUCGGCAACGCCUGCUGGGUGCACAAACAUUUCACCGAUGACAUCCAGACACGGCAGUAUCGCUCUCUGGAGGUGCUGACGGGAGGCGGCUACAGCACACCAGCCGACAUCUGGAGCACAGCCUGCAUGGCCUUUGAGCUGGCGACUGGAGAUUACCUGUUUGAGCCCCACUCUGGAGAAGACUACUCGCGAGAUGAAGAUCACAUAGCGCUCAUCAUCGAGCUGCUCGGUAAAGUUCCCAGGAAGCUGAUCUUAGCGGGCAAAUACUCCAAGGAGUUUUUCACCAAGAAAGGCGACCUGCGGCACAUCACCAAGCUGAAGCCGUGGGGUUUAAUGGAGGUGUUGGUAGAGAAGUACGAGUGGUCCAAAGACGAGGCGCACACCUUCAGCAGCUUCCUGCUGCCCAUGCUGGACCUGGUGCCGGAGAGGAGGGCCACGGCGGCCCAGUGCCUCGCCCACGCCUGGCUCACAUGCUAGAGGCCCGCUGAACAACGGGAGACAUCAGGUCUGAAGACCCCGGGCUGGGAGCCGUACAGUCAACACAUGUGACUGCAUUGUGCCAGCAUCCUCCUCUCCCACACACACUUUCAAACACACAAUAAAAAGAGCGGAGUCUUUAUCCUCUUUUGGAUUACACUGGUGAUAGAAUGAGAUCCUGGUCCUCUUCCUAUAUUUAUGGCUCUUUUUUAUUACUGGCUGUAAAGGACUUAUCAGCCUUGCUCUUUUUCUUCCUUGACUCCAGCUCUCUUUUCUGCAGCAUAAUAUUCUCUGCAUUUUUAGCUAUAGAUAACAAACUGUCUCAUUUAGAUUGAGGUUGCUCUUCUACAAAUGCAGAAGGCGACACGAUGUUAACAUUGCCCUCAAAACCACAUACUGUUUUUUAUUUUGUCAAACGGAGAGAGAUGAGUCUGACUAAUGACAUGUCGUCGUGUUAGCUGUGCUCAGAAGUGCUCAGAACUGAUCAGUGCGUAACGCUAAUGGCCAAGAUGAGAGACUAGUAGAGUUCUUAGCACUGUUAAGUUAGCUAUGUUAAAAUACAACUUUUAUACAUUUAUACAGAGGCAAGACUACAUCAUUACAUUUCAGGCUCUGAAGAUAUUAGUCACAAAUCUCACUCUAUUUUUCAGGAACUCCAAACUGUGUAAUUUCAGAUAUUUUAAGUGUUUCGUUUAAAUCCUUAUCUUAUGUUGUCUUAAAAAACCCUUGUAUACAAAAUAGCAUGGAAAAACAUCCAGAUUCCUUUCCUACAUCAUGCACAAGACGACACCUUCAUGCUCUUUUUAUACCUCCAUCAUAUUUUGCCUGUUAAGAAAGGCUUAAUAUAAUAUUCCCCCUUUACAGUCAAAUCAAACUACAAGUGCAGUGCACCAAAGAGUCUUCCUUUAGUCUCUCCCUCUCUGCUCUGUAUAUUAAAGACACAAACUAAAGAGUUAAGCUAUUUCUUUUACACUUUUUGAAAAUGUCUCGAGGAACGAAAGCUUUGUUUUUAGGGUUUCAGCCGCACAUGGAGGUGUUUGAUUUGAAAACAGAAGAUUGUACUAAAAACUAAUGGUGUAGUAAUGCUUUGAAGCUUCUUAAGCCCAUGUUUGCUUGUUUUUCUACAAAGUCUCCUACUUCUGUCCAUGACUGCUCUUCUUUUGUUCAUUUUCUCUAGGUAAUAUUAAUAAACAUUUUUCAAAAUUAA